AUGGCUUUGCUUCAUGCGAGGGAGGAGCAGCAGGAAGGGGACGCGGAGCGGAAGGGGAGAGGAGAGUGGGAAGGUGGAGGUGGUGAGGGGAGAGGGGAUGGGCAAGAGGGCGUUGACCAGGAGGAGGAGGAGCGGAGGGAAAAGGCUCCUCCUCCGUUUUCAGAGAGUGAGGGAGAGGAGAGUGGGGGGGAACGGGGAGGAGGAUUGGGUGGUGGUGAUGGUGUUGGUAGGAAGGGAAGGAGGGUGGGGGUGGGGUAUGUUGCAGGAUCUGUUGGAAAGGAGAAAGGGGGAGGAGAAGAGGGCUUAGGAAAGAGGAAGAGGAGGAAGGUGGUAGGGGAGGAGGAGGUGGGGGAAGGGGAGGGGGGGAGGGGAGAGGAAGAGGAGGAGAUGGAAGAGCUGAAUAGGAAGAGAGGGGAAGGUGCAAGGGUGGAGGAGCAGGCGGGGCGACAUGAGGGGGAAAGUAGGGGUGAGGGGAGGGAGAGGAGGAAGAGGAAGGGAGAGCACGAGGAAGCAAAAGAAUGGGGCGAAAAGGGGGAGAAGGAUGGUUCGGGAAGGGAGGAGAAAAGAAACAAUGAGAGAAGUAUGAAGGAACGAGAUUCAGAAGAAAAGGCUAAGGAGUUGGGCGAGAGGAAAGGAGGGGAAGCAGGAGAGGGUGAAGAUUUCCAUGAAGAGGUGACGCACACCAAGAGGAGGAGGAAGGGAGGGAAGGAGGAGGAGGGGAGGGAAGGGGGCAAGGGAAGGCAGAGGAGGGAGAGAGAGGAGGUGGACAAGGCAAGGAGAGGAAAGAGUGGUGUGAGUGGUGUGACGCAAAAGGGGGUUGAGGAGAGGAGUGAGGGAGGCUUGCAAGAAGAGGGUGAUCAGGGGAGGGGCGAGGGUGUGGAUGGUUUGACCAAGGAGGGUGGAGCACAAAAAUUUGAGGGGCAUAGGAAAAGGCAUCGGGAGGUGCAGAGGGAAGCAGUGGAGGAAAAGUGUAAGGAUAACAAUGGAGACAGGGGAAAGGAGGUGGAUGGUGAGGGGAAGGAGCAAGCUGGGGAGAAACAUGGGGAGGAAAAAGUGGGGGCGGAGGAAGGGGUAACAAAGGAGAGAAGGAAGGAAGAUAAGGAAGUUAAGCAGACGCAUGGGAGUGGUGUUAGUACGGAGGGUCUGGGCCUUGAAGUGCCUCAACAGCUGUCUCUGGAAGACAAACAAACGCAUGGGGGUGGCAGUAUAGGGGGUUUGGCGGGCUUGGAUGUUCUUAUUGGGGGGGCGGGCAGGGGGGGGCCUGCAGGUAGCAAUAGCGGGAGGGGGAGGGGCGAAGGAGGGAGGAGUGUUGGGGAAGGUGUGGAAGGGAAAGAGGAUGGGAAGGGGGGUGGGAAGGGGGAUAGCGUGGGAGAUGGGGAGGGGAAGAGGGGGGACAGUGGGGAUGGAGAUGGGGAGGGGAAGAGGGGGGACAGUGGGGAUGGAGAUGGGGAGGGGGCGGCCGGCAAGGAUGGGUCCAAAAGGAGGCCUUGGGAUGCCUCUGUCACGGCUGGCAGGCAGGAGGCAGACAGCAGGCAGCAGCUAGAAGCAGCUGCGGUCGGUGCUUCUGAAAGUGCUGCUGGCACUGGUGGUGGUGGUGGUGGUGGUGAUGGUGGUGAUGGUUCUGCUGGUGUUGGCGGUGCUAGUGUUGCUGGUUCUGGCGGCGCUCCUGGUGGUGGUGGUGCUGGUGAUGGAGGCGUGAGGGGGUUGAAGCUCAUGAUUCGCAAGUCGCAUGGGGGAGGAAUGGGGGGGAAAGGCAGGGAUGAAGACAACAGACAACCGGGUAGUACUUGA